CAUGCUCAAGCUGGUGAAAAUCCAGAGUUAUGCACACUCCUAUUUCGCCUUUCCCACCUGCUUGAGUGUGCAUUGAUUCCGGUCUUUGUGUUUGAUGGGCAGCUCCGCCCAAGUAUGAAGCAUGGCAAGAAGGUCAGCAUGAAAGCACGCUGGCUUGAGCACCAUUUCAAGGAGAUAAUCACUGCCUUUGGAUUUUAUCAGCAUGUUGCUCCUGGCGAAGCUGAAGCUGAGCUGGCCCAAAUGAACCAAGCUGGACUCAUUGACGCAAUAAUUACUGAAGAUAGUGAUGUUUUAGUAUUUGGUGCAAAGCUUAUCUUGCAUCGGUACGCAGGAAUCCUUGCAGACCCAGACUUGUACACUCUAUACUCGGCAGAUGAUAUCUGCAGCUCUGAGAAUAUUCAGCUGACGCAAGGUGGACUAUUUUUGUUCGCUAUUUUACUUGGUGGAGAUUAUGCCAAUGGGCUACAAGGAUGUGGGCAGAAGACUGCUCAUGCACUCUGCAAGACAGGUCUCGGUGACGAGUUAUUGACAGCCAUGACCAUUAUGGGCCCUACAGCACUCGACAAUUUCUUAGUUGGAUGGCGAACAAGACUCCAGUCAGAGUUGAUCAAUCCUACGAUUGCCAGAGUGUCAAGACAUCCUGCAUUGGCGAAGAAGCUACCAGAUGAUUUUCUGAAUCCUCAGAUCCUUAGGCUCUAUGCACUGCCUGUUACCUCAUGGUCAGGCAAACAUGCACCACCCAACGCUGAACUCUGGAAGCCACCAUCGCCAGAUAUUGCUCACAUCGCUGCCUUCUGUGACAAUUUCUUUCACUGGGAGUCAGAUGUUCUGCUGAAGCAUUUGCACAAGAACAUCUGGCCAGGGAUCAUAAUCCACAGUUUAUAUCGGGUAUGUUCUAUAUCACUCCGAGAGCUCAGCCGUUCAGAAACUGUUUAA